AUGUCUUCAGUAAAGAGAAGAAAGGUCGACGACGAUGUUCCUUCUGGAAUCCUGAAGAAGAAGAAGCACACUGCGAAGGAACCUCCACAAGUAUCAACCUCCCCCGAACCCGCAGUCAAUGAAUCGCCGGAGCCCGAGGUACAAGAAGAAGCGCCAACAAAGUCAUUCAAAGAUCUGCAGGGAAUUAUCGAUUCGCUAUGCGACGCCUGUACUGCGUUAGGAUACAAAGCGCCCACACCAAUCCAAACCGAGUCCAUACCGCUGGCACUCCAAGGACGAGAUCUGAUCGGUCUUGCAGAGACUGGUAGUGGAAAGACUGCAGCCUUCGCUUUACCUAUUCUCCAAGCGCUCCUUGACAAACCGCAGUCUCUAUUCGGACUCGUUCUUGCACCUACCCGCGAAUUGGCAUACCAAAUAUCGCAAGCGUUCGAAGCUCUCGGAUCGCUAAUUUCUGUACGAUGCGCCGUCAUAGUGGGAGGAAUGGACAUGGUUCCGCAGGCUAUCGCAUUAGGAAAGAAACCACAUAUUGUUGUGGCCACUCCUGGACGAUUGUUGGAUCAUUUAGAAAAUACCAAGGGAUUCUCGCUUCGAUCGCUCAAAUACCUAGUUAUGGACGAAGCCGAUCGACUGCUCGAUCUCGAUUUUGGACCAAUCCUUGACAAAAUCCUGAAAGUAUUGCCUCGAGAACGUAGAACAUACCUGUUCUCCGCGACUAUCAGCUCGAAAGUCGAAAGUCUCCAAAGAGCCAGUUUGAAAGAUCCAUUACGAGUCAGUAUCAGCACCAGCAGAUAUCAGACAGUUUCAACAUUGCUUCAAAGCUACGUUUUUAUCCCACAUCCACACAAAGACACCUACCUAGUUUACCUUUUGAAUGAGUUUGCAGGCCAAUCAGCCAUUGUCUUCACUAGAACAGUGAACGAAACUCAGCGGCUUGCCAUCCUCCUCCGAGCUCUAGGCUUUGGUGCAAUUCCUCUUCACGGCCAGCUUUCACAAUCCGCCCGUCUGGGAGCACUUAAUAAGUUCCGUGCUGGCUCACGCAAGAUUUUGGUAGCAACUGACGUUGCCGCACGUGGUCUCGAUAUCCCUUCCGUGGAUGUGGUAUUGAAUUAUGAUCUACCGCCGGACAGCAAGACCUACAUCCAUCGUGUCGGGCGUACAGCAAGAGCUGGAAAAUCCGGGCAUGCUAUUAGUGUCGUGACACAGUACGAUGUUGAGAUCUGGCUUCGAAUCGAGACCGCGUUAGGCAAGAAGCAGAAGGAAUACGAUACGGAGAAGGGGGAGGUUAUGGUAUUCAAGGCAAGAGUUGAAGAAGCGCAAAGACAUGCCAGAAAUGAGAUGAAGAAUUUGCACGAGGAUAGAGGGAAGAAGGGGUCUGUGCUAAAGGGUAGACGGCCUGCUACUGGAGGGAAGAGGGGUCGGGAUGGGAUGGAUAAAGAGGAAGGCUAG